AUGUUUGAGCUUAAAGGAAAAACCUACUUAGUCACCUCAGAUUAUUACAGCGAUUUCUUUGAACUGGACCAUUUAAGAUCUCCUUCGUUGGUGUGUGUCAUCAGGAAGUUAAAGGCCCACUUUGCGCACCACGGUAUUCCCGAGCAGCUGGUGACAGAUAACGGUUCACAAUUUACGUCACGCGAUUUCCUGAAAUUCGCGAAAGACCGGGACUUUGAACAUCUGACCAGCAGUCCCCACCACAGCCAAGGAAAUGAUAAAGCAGAGAGUGCAGUGAAGGAGGCUAAGAAAAUCCUCACAAAGUGCAAGUCCAGUGGAUCGGAUGCUUUUCUAGCCUUACUCGAUCAUCAUAACACCCCAUCUGCUGGUAUCCAAAUUAGUCCAGCACAGCACCUCUUCAACAGAAGAGCUAGAAGUCUACUACCAAUGACAGCUAACCUGCUUGCACCACAGGCAGUUCCAGACAGUGACCAGUGCCAAGCCAAGCUUGAGCAGUGCAAACAGUGA